AAAUCCCAACCUCGCUGUCAUCAACUGGUCGCUUCAGAUUUUUGCCUCAUCCAGGACAUCGCGGCUUUAAGAGCCGGUUCUGAAGUAAAAGGUUUCUCUCUUUUGCCUGGCAGGUCACUCUCUCCGGUUGCUUGACUGACUCUCGCUCAACUCACAGCAAUAUCACAGUCCACAGCGUGUGUGUGUGUGCAGAGGGAAGCAAGUGAGAGCUACAAUGUUCAGUUUCUAUGCGGAAGUCCUUCUCGUCCUUUCAGCCCUCGUCGUCACAGUCUGCAGUUCUCUGGAGAAUAGCACGUCGACUCUGACUGAUUCUCCGGUAGCCGCUGCUGUUCGGGCCCAUUUUGAGGAUUGUCCUGCGACUCACAGACACUUUUGUUUCCAUGGGACCUGUCGGUUUUUGGUGCAGGAGUCGUUGGCGGCCUGUGUCUGUCACACUGGCUACAUGGGCUCCCGAUGUGAGCAUGCCGACCUCCUGGCUGUGGUCGCGACCCAGCAGAAACAACAAGCCCUCACUACACUCUUGGUGGUAUCUGUCAUCGUCUGUGUUCUCCUGAUGGUAACCUGUGUCUUUCUGCACUGCUGUCAGAAACAGAGGAAGUGUGAGCUGUGGCGGAGGAUAUUUACCCGGCCUGAGGCCAGCCUUCUGAAGAGUAUGCCCCCAAGCGGACAGGGAGACACAGGAGUAUGAAGGAAGCUGCUCAACACCAGGUACAGGCCGCGUCUGACCUCGGCCCACCUCCCUCUCCCUGUCCCUCUGCUGUGCCUGAGCACUGGGACACGCACCUGUCCACACCAUUCCUGCCUCAACUGCGAUUCCGAGCACACAGCGGAAAGGAAAGCGUUAUGUAUUAUUGCCGGAUUCUGUUGCUUGUUCGUUUUUUUUUUGUCAAUUAAUUUAUGGAAGUCUUGAAGUGAAGCCAUCUCUCUGAGAGUGACAGAAUGUAAUUUAAAGCUAUCAAGAAGUAUCUGUGGGAUUUAUUUGAAUAUUUAAGGACCAGAGAAGAACUCAAAAUUAUAUGUUAAACUAUUUAAACUUCUGAGAUGUGAAAUAAAAUUUUUUUUUAUUUAAA